CUCUCUCUCUCUCUCUCUCUCUCUCUCUAGUCUCUAGUCUCUACCUCACAGUAUAGUAAGUAACCUUGCAGACUAGAGUCGAUGGCGUCUCAAGAUGAUCACGAUCACGAUCACGAUCACGAUCAUCAUCACCAUCAUACCCAUGAGAACUCUAAUAGGGACGCCACAAAAACAUCGUGGGUGGGCCCAGAUGGGAAGGUGUACCAUAGCCAUGAUGGACUGGCACCACAUUCACAUGAACCCAUAUACUCACCUGGUUACUUCAGCAGAAGAGCACCCCCUCUUGUCACCAGAGAUUUCAAUGAAAGAGCUUUCACUGUUGGAAUUGGUGGCCCUGUUGGUACUGGGAAAACUGCUUUAAUGUUGGCUUUGUGUAAAUUCUUGCGGGAUAAAUACAGUCUUGCGGCGGUGACAAACGAUAUUUUCACGAAAGAGGAUGGUGAGUUCUUGGUGAAGCAUGGAGCACUUCCUGAGGAGAGAAUACGUGCUGUGGAAACAGGAGGCUGCCCACAUGCUGCCAUUCGUGAAGACAUUAGCAUUAAUCUUGGCCCUCUUGAGGAGCUCUCUAACUUGUACAAAGCAGACAUACUCCUCUGUGAAUCCGGGGGAGACAAUUUAGCUGCCAAUUUCAGCAGGGAACUUGCUGACUAUAUCAUAUAUAUAAUCGAUGUGUCUGGUGGUGAUAAAAUCCCUCGAAAGGGAGGCCCAGGCAUUACACAAGCUGACCUCCUUGUCAUAAACAAGACUGACCUUGCGCUUGCUGUGGGAGCUGAUUUGGCAGUCAUGGAACGUGAUGCACUUCGGAUGCGGGAUGGGGGCCCAUUUGUCUUUGCUCAGGUGAAGCAUGGGCUUGGUGUAGAGGAAAUCAUUAACCACAUUUUACAGGGUUGGGAAGUAGCAACGGGGAAGAAGCGCCACUGAUCUUUCUAAAAGUUUGUGUCAGAGGUGUCUUUGUAUCUUAAUUUUUCUAGUAAUAAACAUGGAUUCAUGAAGUUGAAACUUUGAAAGUUGGUCCAGUAGAACUUUUGAUAUUAUAUGUUUUGCCGUUUGACAAAUGAAUUACUGUCUUGUCUGUAUCUUAGUCAACUGGUUGAGCAAAAAUCAAGGAACGAGGAUAUCCUGAUUGGCCACCAAACCACCAAAGGCACUGUAAUAUGAUAAUCCAUGAAGUAUCUUCUUGUGAAGAAUUUGUUUCCCCUUGAUCUUCAAAUCACUUUAUUGUCUA